AUGUGUUGCGCAAGGGUAUUUCUUGUAUUAAGUGUAGUUAUGUAUAUCAAAUGUCACGACCAGAGAGCAGAGCAGGGAUAUCCGAGUGGAUUAAUGUCAGUAUGUCCUGGUUCCACGAAGCCAGCGACUAUACCCAGGAGCCAGCUGAAAUACCUCCACUUCGUCGUGCAGGGUGCAACCAACCGGCAGAAGUACACUUAUUGGACCGCUAAAAAUAUCGCGAAAGACCCAAGGAUAGAUUUUAGAAGGAAGACCCUGGUAGUAGCAAUCGGUUACUUGGAUAGCACAAACUUCCCGAUAUCCAUGAUACUAACAAACGAAUAUAUACGAAGAGGAUAUAAUGUUAUUCUUAUCGACAAUCAGAGAUUUGCGACUGUGCAUUACUUUUUAGCAACGCGCCUUAUGCGACCAGUCGGCAAACACGUAGCAGAAAUCCUAGCUAUCCUCACUCGCUCCGGUCUUGAUCCAACUAAACUAGAACUUCUAGGUUUCAGUCUAGGUGGCCAGACUGUCAGCUAUAUAGCUACAAACUUCCAGCUUUUGACAGGACGAAAUAUCUCUCGAAUAACUGCACUAGAACCAGCUGGUCCCUGUUUUAGAACCCUAGGUCCGACAGAAAGAUUGGAAUCGACUAACGCUGACUUUGUCCAAGUUAUUCAUACGAAUAUUGACGGCUACGGUAUGGCAAAUAGGAUGGGCCAUGUCGAUUUUUAUGUGAAUGGUGGAGAAUAUCAGCCGGCUGACUUGAAUUUAUUUCCGUGUACGGCUACUUGCAGCCACUUCAGAGUGUUGGCUCUUUGGGCAAUCGCUGUACGGAAUCCAGAGAAGUUUAUCGCAAUAAAAUGCAAUACGAUUCAAGAGGCAAGGGAUGCUGAAUGUUAUAAAAAUAAACAAGUGACAAAUGUUAUGGGAUUAGACGUAGACGUGAAGAAACAUGGUAUAUUUUUUUUGUCGACCAGUAAAAGUUAUCCGUUUUAUUUAGGAAAGGCUGGUAUUAAAAAGGAAUUUGCAGCUUGGAGACGUAUAAGUGAUAUAAAUGAUUCUAAUGAGACUGCCAUUUAUACGUAG